GUUAGGUCUAUUAUUUAUCUCGUUUGUACUACAAUUUCAAUAUAAAAAAUAAUUAUACGAUAUAGAAAAUAAUAUUUAACAUUCUCAACUUCUAAUGAUUUAAACAUAUGCAACAAAAUUAUAUUUGGCAAAAGUAGAGAAAUAUAGUACAUAUUAAAUGAACAUGUACAUAUAUGUAUGCAAAUAAAAUGUAUCUUAAUGUUUAUACUUAAUUUAUUGUUAAUGCAAGAUGAUAUUUGCUAUUCAUUAACAAACAAAAAUUUAAUCUCUAACGCAAAAAUUAUACAAAUCUGUGACUUAAUCUUGUACCUAAAAUGAGUUUUACAUUCUUAACCUUAAAUUUAAACUUGAAGCUAUUAGAAGAAAAAUAGGACAUUAAAUAUAAACAAAUGAAUUAUGGUUCAGAAUAAAAUUUAACCAAAGAAGAACAUUUUUAAUGAUUUUAUAUAAAUAUUUAAUUUCAUUUAUUUGCUUUUAUAAAUAUGAUACAAUCCAAGCUAAAUGAUAAUCGAAUUAUUGUGUUUAUUAAUAAUUUCUUUCUGUGAAGACAACAUGAAUAAUUUAACAGACGCACAUUGGUUUCCCUUAACAUCACAGGGAAAUAUUUAUUCAAUGACCAAAUUGUGUUCUGUCAAUGGUUCCAAUAAGGUAUUAGUGGCUUCUUUGAAAAGAAAAAUAUAUUCUUGUGAAUACCAUUUGAUGCCAAAUCUACAUUUAAGACCACUGGUUAAAGAACUACUUUUUACGUACAUUCCCAGUGGUGCAGAAAUCAUAUCUAUUGAUGCUUAUAAUAAGUCUGACAGCGGUGAUGGAUUUGUGAUAGGAAUAACUAUUUUGAAAGCAAGUACAGAUACAUCUGUAGAAAGAUAUCUAAAUAUAUAUACAGAAGGUGCUAUAGAUGGCGAAGGAGAUGAAGGAAGUUCCAUUGAAGCUAUAGCACAAAAUUGUCUUAUGGUGGAAUUAGCAUAUACACCGUACCAUUUAUAUCAUACUAUAUUACCCCAACAAAAUGUCCCUAAUGAGGUUGUUUGGUUACUCUCUGGCAGUGAUUAUAAAAUACAUAUGAUCAGAGAAGACAAAUUAAAUCACAGUUACAGUGAAUCACCUAUUGAAAAGUACUUUCCUGAAUUGCAUGAUAUCCAAGGAAUUGCAAUAUGGAUUAAUAUUUACUAUUAUGAUAAUUACAAUUGCUUUAAUUUGUUUAGGAGACUGACAGUAAUCGGUUGUGAGUGUGGAUUAGUCAAUGUAGCUAUAACUAAUGUUUUAGAAUUAAAAGUUUGCAGAAGUUGGAAAUUAAGAUAUGACAGACCUGUUUCCAGUGUAUCUAUUUUUUCACUUCAAAAUAGUAUUGAGAAACCUUCUUUUCUUAACUCUAAUAGCUCUAAAUCUUUUCUAAAUGAUCAAGAAACAAAACUAAAUGUUCUUGUUGUGAAUACAAGUAAUGCAGUUGUUUUUAUGGAUGUUCUAAAUAAUGGGAUGAAUGAAGACAUAACAUUAAAUGGUAGUGAAACAUCUGAUUGCAUUUUAUGUUCUUGUAUUGCUGACAUAAAUAUGGAUGGGCAAAAUGAGAUACUCUUGGGAACCUAUGGUCAAGAAGUUCUUAUUUUUUGUUUCAUAAAUGAAUCAUGGGAAUUGAUCAUAAGAAAAUUAUUUGAUGCACCUGUACAUUCUAUAUGUUAUAUGGAUAUCACCAAUGAUGGAAUGAAAGAACUUAUUGUCCUUACACAACGUGGAGUGCAUAUAUUACAGCAUAAUAUUAUGGAUGUCAAAGAUAAGUGGAAAAAGCGAUAUAAAAAAUUUCUUGAAGAAAAUAGAAUAUAGCUUAAUCUUCAAAUUGUCAUAUAGAAAGACUUGAAUUGAGGUUUAGACUUCAGGGAUUGAGAAGAGAGUACAAGAAAUUACAAAAUAUAAAUACACAUGUUUGAUACUAUUGAUAUUAUAUAUAUACAUGUAUGUAUACACACAAAUGGAUACAUAUAAUAUCAAAAAGAAUAAAAGGAAAUUUAUUUUUAUUAUUACUAUAAUUGUAAAGUUGAAUAAUUUUAAUAAAUAUAGUCAAAGAAUAAAA